CGAAAACAGAUCUCACUCGCCUACGAAACUGGAGUUGGAUGGUAGCCGUGCGAAGCUCACGUUUGCAUCUUGGGUUCGUAGCCAACCCUCUUUGUUCCUUGUCAGAUAUUGACAGACGAUCCAGGAGUCCACAAUGUUGGACUAACAGUAGACUCGUGCGUUGUGAGAGCAGAAACAUAUUUGGCCUCGGGUCUGCUCUUCCACUGUCGAAUUUCGAAAUGAUUUCUGCUCACAGGGUUCAUCCUGGAACCGAUCGCCACGACGCGCAGACGCAGGCCUAGCAUUGGCGGAGAGCUUGAAUUUAAUCGUUGUGAUUGUCGAAAAUCGUCGAGGCAGAAGAGAACUUUAUUCGAUUUUAAUCGCGCCUCUUCGAGUUUUUUCCUGGUGGGAUGAAGAAGUGUCGAAGAGUCUGACAGCGUUUGAAGGAAACUGAAAUGAAGCAACGCUGCGAUUAAUGUCACAAAUUAUUUUCGAAACGGAUCGAGGAGAAACGGCUCGGACAUGGUGAACCAGCGACUUCGAGCGGCAGUUGUACGAAUAGCGAAGACUGCCGACCAUGAGACCAGUUCUCUGCCAAUGCUGGAGAAAUCUCUGAAACCUCUUCUCGCGUCUGCCUCUGCAAUCUACCGUGGACUAUCCUUCACGCGCCGUUUCUUGUAUAAUUACGGUCUUCUCGAAGCCACGAGAUUGCCAGUGCCCGUGGUGAGCGUCGGGAACAUUACAUGGGGAGGCAACGGGAAAACUCCGAUGGUCGAAACCCUAUCUGGGUGGUUUCUGGGUGCUGGUAUAUGUCCCCUCAUACUUACCAGGGGUUAUGCAGGUGGGGAUGAAGCCCAGAUGCUGCAAAUGCACUUACAAGGCUCUUGCGCCAAACUGGGUGUAGGUCCCAAUCGGGCGAACAUUGCACGCUCAUUCUUACAGAGUCAUGGUAUGCAAUCUUACCAGCACAGAAAGAAGCUCGGAGAAUCACUCAGCUUGGAAAGCGCUGGCACAUCAUCGCAGCUUUGGAUGAAAGGAGAUGGGAAGAUCGGAGUUGUAAUUCUUGACGAUGGGAUGCAGCACCUGCCUCUAGCGAGGAACUUGGAGAUUGUGAUGGUGAAUGCCAUCACUCUGUGGGGAAACACACGGAUGGUGCCUCGCGGCCCUCUGAGAGAAUCGUUGCAUCAACUGAAACGAGCGGACGUGCUGGUUUUGCACCAUGCAGAUCUGGUCGCCGAAGAAAGUCUAGACAGCACAGAAACCAUGCUCAAGCAGUUCCUGAGAAAAGACGCCAUCGUGAUCUGUUCGAGCAUGAUUCCGCUGCAUCUGUUUGGAUUACCUUCGCUGGAGGCCGAGAUCGGAAGCCUGCGACGAACCCCGGAGCAUUCGAGGCUCCCGUUGAACACACUGAGAGAUUCUGUUGUGCUGAGUGUGUCCGGCGUUGGCUGCCCCGAAGCUCUUUCUCUGGCCUUGGAGCGGCUGGGGGCUCACCACGUCGAACGCAUGGAUUAUCUCGACCAUCACUCCUUUCGACCGAAGGAUUUGCAAGACAUCGAUAUGAGAUGCCUCGAACUUCAGAUGCGAUUCGAAGGCAGGACAGUUGUUAUUGUCUUGACAGAAAAGGACUACGUAAGAGACCCACUCAUUUGGAGAAUAGUCACCAAUGCCCAAGUUCUAAUUCUCCAUUCGUCUUUGAAGCUAAUUUCGACGGGAAAGACUCUGGCAGCGUUGAGAAAAUUGCUCACAGCAGUGGUGAGCUGCGAUGUGACCAAAGGAUCUGGGGGCAGGUGACUGUCUUCUCCCAAAGGGAACGAAGUACAUUUGCUGUAAAUGAAAGCUAUUCCUGUCUCAUAAACAAUAAAGAGAAACAACCGAUCCGGAUUUGCGACGCUCUUCGAAAUCAUGGUCGUGCUAGAGUCCCACAACCGCAUGGGAGCAUCGAAGAAGUUUGUCUGUACCCACUGCAUGAUCAAGGGAGAGUUCAACAUACAAUGCAGGUGGCAGAAAAAUCAUGGAAUUAAAUCUGAUUGAGGAAAGAAUAGUAAUAGAUAGAGACUUGUUCAAUUUUCCAUUAAGUGUUGUUGGGUUUUGCAAGCGGCAAAAAGAGGGGAACAAGGGUUGUCAAAGUAAGUUGUAAUGUGCACAUAGUGAACCGUCUCAUCCUUGGGUGGAAAUUGAGUACACAAAAGGGUAACCUUAAUCUCAGAUCGAUUGAUAACCUAAAUUUCAACACGAUUAUGAGUAUGGUAAUAAUCGGUCGAAAGAUGCCACAGAAGAUGUAUUAGAAAAUGAACGGCUACACUCCUCUCCUUGUUGUAAUCGUAGCUGCGGACACCAGACACAC